AAAAUCAAGUACAAAGAACAUUGCAGAAACCAGAAGAACUCGAGCGGGCGCUAAGUGAACACACGACAUCGAGACGAAACGAAUAGAAAAAUAAUCCUCUGGACAUAAAAUUUUAUAAGUGGAAAAUUUGCGAAAUUUCUUUAAGUCAAUUCAAUUACUAAUUAAAAUUAAAACGAACGAAAAUGGUUUAUGAAAGUGGAUUUACUACCCGCAGGACCUACACUAGCAGGCCUGUCGUUACCUCGUAUGCCGUAUCGUAUCCCGUCUCCCGUGUGUAUAGAACGAGUUACCCAAUUUACUCUUCGUAUACGAUUCCUAAACGGGUAUACACUGGAUCGCGUUUUGUUUCUUCGCCUAUUCGAGUUGUAACUUCCCCAACCCGCGUAGUGACACGCGUUUUACACUCGCCAUCGCCGGUUCGCGUUAUCCGCACAACUACUCGGGUUGUUUCUUCACCAGAGCGUACGAUCUCAUACACCUACAGAACACCGAGCUCCUCGAGUUUGUCAUAUUGGCCAGCAACUACCUACAGCUCGUACACGCCAUCCACUUAUGUGUACUCCACUCCAUCCUAUUACUAUUCGCCCAUAUCUCGCGUGUACACACGCUCCCUGAGCCCUAGGAUAACUACCUCACCAGUGCGAUCAACAUCAUACCUGAAAAGAACCCUACCAGGAUAUGGCGCCCGCGCUCUAACCAAUUAUCUCAACACCGAGCCCUUUACAACAUUUCAAGACGAAACGAAUCGGAUUCGUCACCGGGCACAGUCCUUAAUUCGCGACAUCCAAACCCCAGUGAUUCGUCGGGCGCGGAGCUGUACACCGUUUCCAGUUACUGGAUACUCGUACGGGCCAACUUCUCAACUCGCCCUUGAUGCAUAUGUUGAAAGGAUAACCAAUCCCGUACGCCAUGUUGCCAAGGAAGUUCAUAGAAUUUCCUAUUACCCUGAACCAGCACAUAAAUAUGUUGAUCCUGAAUUGGACCCUUAUCGGCCUUCGCGGAAGUUUUCUGCCCCUGUAUCUUUGGAUGAUAAAGUUGAAGAUGAAAUGAAGGAAAAACAACGCCUUCGACAGGAACGUCUCAUGACUGUUAAUGAGGAAGCAUUGGAUGAAAUUGAACUGGAAAAAAAGAAAGCCCAAAUGCUAGAUGAAGCCAAACAGCGUAAGCAAAAAAUUCAAGACGAACGACUCAAAGCUGAACGCGAAGCACAAGAAGAAGCAAAAGCAAUGCAAGUCGAAGAAGAUGCUCGCAAAGAAGCUCGUUUAGCUGAAGAAGCUCGUUUAGCUGAAGAGACACAAUUGGCUGAAGAAGCGCGUAAAGCUGAAGAACACCGUUUAGCCGAAGAAGCGCGUUUGAUUGAAGAAGCACGUUUGGCUGAAGAAGCACGCUUGGCUGAAGAAACACGCUUGGCUGAGGAAUCUAGAAUAGCUGAAGAAGCUCGCUUGGCCGAAGAGGCGCGUUUAGCUGAAGAAGCUCGUUUAGCUGAAGAAGCUCGUUUAGCCGAAGAGGUACGUUUGGCUGAAGAAGCGCGGUUGGCUGAGGAAGCGGCCCGGGAAGCAGAAGCAGCUCGUCUUGAAGAAGAAAAACGACUACGAGAAGAAGAAAUUAGUCGUUUGGCCGAAAUUGAAAAGCAAGCUGAAGAAGAACACGAAGCAGAAUUGGCUCGUCAAGCUGCGGAGCUUGCUGAAAUUGCACGUCAAGAGGCCGAAAUCGCUGCCCAAGAAUUAAAUGCCAUACAAAAAGAUGAUAAAUCAAAUUCAUCAGAUUUAGAUGACACUGCCAAGGUUCUAGUCGAACCCGUUGUGGAACAACCAGAAAGCCCCAUCGAGCAAACAGAACAAGCACCUGUUAUUGAACUGUACACUGAUAUUGAUGAAAUUAAAUCUGAUGUAAAUACCGAAGCUUCUACUGAAGACGAAGAAGAAGAGGAGUGAAAUAUCAGAAUUGAUAUAAUACUUACGUAAAUCCCUAACCGAAUGAAUAGAAUUCAGAAAAAAUGUGUUCAAUACGGUUAUUUGCUGAAUUUUUUGUAGCGUAUACUAUAAUGCAUUGUUCCUUUCUAUACUAUCUAACACAUUGUAUUUAAAAAUAUCCAAGUUUAUAUCUUAAUAAUUUAAAGACAUUUUUUAACCUAAUAAGUGCAUAUGCCUAUGCAUUCAUAUGUAUGCACGAAAAAUUACAUCAAAAAUUAUGUAAAUACCCAAGUAUAUAUUUAUACAUAUAUAUGCCUGCGUGCGGUAUUUAACAACGAAGUUGAUGGUUUGAUUUCCUAGGUAAUGUUUUAGUGCAUUUUCAUCUUAUUUUUAAAUAUACUCGUAUAAUAUGAUAUGAUCCUGUAGAAAUUAAUCGACACCAGUUGAAAAUGUUUUGUUUUCUACUAUUCAAUAAAUUCAUAGUAAUUGAUUAUAAAUACACUUACAUAUGUAUGUAGGUACAUAUACACUCCGCCCUACCAUAGGAUCCAACCAUUUUAUAUACUAUAAUGAAUAAAUUCAGUCAGAAGAAGUGAUUUGCCUAUGUCUAGGCGGCUGUUACAAGUGUCUAAUUUAUGCUCCCAUACUCUAUUGUUGACAUUUAUUUAUACAUGUACAUAUCUGAAAAUUUAUUUCAAAUAUACGAGUCCUUAAAAUCGAAAUUGUUAAAUUAAAAAA